UAGAGUUCUUAAAACCUUCUGAAGCUUCCGAAAAUGUUGAAUAAACGUUUCAAGCCUCUUCUUCCUGGCUUCCACACCCACUUGAAAAUUCCUGUAGCUUUCUUUUCCAAGUAUAUACAAGGAACAAAUGAGCAGACGGCUGCGAAGCUGAGAUCAAACGCGUCAAAGAUAACCUGGGAAGUGAAAAUAGAAGAUGACGGCCGGAGACUCACUGAUGGUUGGAAAGAGUUCGCUCUUGCGCACGAUCUCCGAAUCGGCGACAUUCUCAUUUUCAGACAAGAGAAAGACAUGGCUUUCCACGUGACACUCUUGGGACCCAGUUGCUGUGAGAUUCAAUAUGAGUCCUGUCCAGAAGAGGAGAACCACAUCGGGAAUAUACCAAAGAAAAAUAAUCCAAGAAAAGAAAAGGAGAUUGCUUCACUAGAUCCCUCUUGUUUUGUGGCCUUUGUCUCGCCUGCCACCUUACGUCAUGACAAACUGAACCUACCAAAGAGUUUUGUGAGGGCAAAUGGUCUACAGAAAAGAUGUGGAGAGAUUCUUCUGAUGAAUGAAAAGUGUAAAUCAUGGACGUUAGCUUUAAAACAAGAGCUAUGUGGAUCUACUUACAUCAGACGAGGGUGGAGAAGUUUCUGUGGUGGCAAUGGGCUUAAAACUGGAGGUCUCUACACUUUUAAACUAGUCCAAAGAGGGAGAACUCCGGUUCUUCGUUUGUCCUCCACAGACUCAGAGUUAGAUGAAGAGAGCUCAGAAGGUGAUGAGGUAGAACCGGAAAGUUAUGAAGGGACCAAGACCAACUUCAAGAAGAUUCAGAGGAAGAAGAAUCCAAAAAGAGAUGCAGAGUCUUCUUCACUAGAUCACUCUUGUUAUGUGGCUAAUGUAACGCCUUCAAGCCUCCAAGAGAACAGACUGAAUCUUUCAAAGAGUUUUGUAAGGGAAAAUGGUCUAGAGACAAGAAGUGGAGAGAUUGUUCUGAUUAAUGAAAAGGGUACUUCAUGGAAGCUAAAUUUAAAACGGAAGAAUUCAUGUGGAACUAUGUAUAUCACACCAGGAUGGAGAAGUUUCUGUAGGGUCAAUGGACUUAGAGCUGGAAGUUACUUCACUUUCAAACUGAUCCAAAGAAGAGGAACUCUUGUUCUACGUUUGUCUUCACAAUUCGAAAACAAAUUUGUGUCAUUAACUCUUAAGCCUUCCAAUCUCACAGGUUAUUCACUGUUUCUUCCCUUACACUUCACCAAGAGACAUGGCAUCAAUGAGAAAACUAAAAUGACACUGAUGGACAAAAGCGGUGUCAGAUGGUUUACGAAUCUGCGGUCUGAGAAAACAAGUGAUAGAGUAAGAUUGGUAGGCGGUUGGCGAGAGUUCUUUGAAGCUAACUGUGUGAAGAUGGGUGAAUCGACCAUCUUGAAGCUGAUAUGGGAAGGAGACAAAAGUUGUGUCCUUAAGUUCUGGUCUAAGGUGAAACAUGAGACCAAAUGAAACUGUGUCUGAGUGUAAUGUUUAAGCUUUUUGUAAGUCCCCACUGCCCAAGACAAAUUUAAAUGAAUCAAGUGUGUGCUUUCUUUCUAAUGUAAGAUUUGUAAUGAUUGGCUUUAACUUAAGAAGUCCAAUUGGGGAUUUGUGAACGUUAGACUAACUUUGGUUCAAAAU